CUGUUUUGGGGGCCGCCCCCUUCACCACUGCACCGCGCAGGACCUGAUCACACACAGACACACACACACACACACAUACAUACACACACACACAUACUCACACGCACACACACGGACUAGCAGCCAGCGUGAUACCUGGAGCAUAAAGUAGGGAAUGGCAGUCAAUGUUUACGCCACGUCUGUGUCCAUUGACAACCUCAGCAGACAUGACAUGCUGGCGUGGGUCAACGACUCCCUACUCCUCACGUACACUAAGAUCGAACAGUUGUGUUCAGGGGCAGCCUACUGCCAGUUCAUGGACAUGCUGUUCCCAGGUUGCGUGCUUCUAAAGAAGGUCAAAUUUCAGGCCAAGCUGGAACAUGAAUUCAUACACAACUUCAAGGUUCUCCAGGCGACAUUCAAGAGGAUGAGUGUCGACAAAAUCAUCCCCGUAGAGAAGCUUGUCAAAGGCAAGUUCCAGGACAACUUUGAGUUCGUCCAGUGGUUCAAGAAGUUCUUCGACGCCAACUAUGACGGCAAGGAGUACGACCCGCUGCAGGCCAGACAAGGGCAGGAGAUCUCAGCUCCCCCGAACCCAGGUGAUCACUUUACCUACAGACCAAAGAGAACUCCAACAGGACCCCAGAGAACGUCUCCUACCAUCCCCAAGAACAUGCCCACCCUGCAGCGCGUCCAGCACACCGCACCGCCCAUGAGGAAGAACCCUUCUCUGUCGAGAAACGGCGCCAGCGAUGCCGAGAUGCUCGAGCUCAAUCAACAGCUGAUGGAGUUGAAGUUGACCGUGGAUGGCCUUGAGAAGGAGAGAGACUUCUACUUCAGUAAACUACGGGACAUCGAACUCAUCUGCCAGGAGCACGAGAGCGAGACAAACACCACUCUGUCCAAGAUCAUCGACAUUCUCUACGCAACAGAGGAUGGUUUUGCCCCCCCAGAGGAUGAGGAGCUGGACCCACAAGCUCACCUGGACCAGGACGAAUACUGAAUCCCCCCCCCCCCACACACGCACACGCACACACACACACACACACACGCACACACACACACACACACACACACACACACACACACACAAACAUACACACGCACACGCAUGCAGACACACACACACACAACCUGUCAUACCCCUUCUUUUUUAGAAGUUCUCCUCCCUUGAGUUGACCUUACCAUGAAGUAAAUGUACACUGGAUAUCCUUUUGGAUAAAACCUGUCCUUCACCCGUUUAUCCGAAAUGACUCAAGAGUAAGAUUGACAUUUCUGCAAAGGAAAUGAAGAUGUUUGAGUCAGCGCUUCCUUAACGGUACUAUUCAUUUAUAAUUUGCAGACUUACAUCCCACUCGAUCCCCCUCCUCCCCACAGUCACACCAGCCCCAGAAUCAGUAGCUACAACGACAUCAAGAACAAGACAAACAUAUCUCUGUGACGUUCGCAUGAGCAACCAUGAAUAACGGGCCAUGGCAAGGAAUGCCAUGGAUGCUGUGAUGGUAUACAGUGCAUUUAAACCUGUAAAUGCAAACACAUUUACCAGAGCACAAUGUUGGCGUUGAUCAUGAACGCAUUUUAUCUGCCUUUUUAUCUGAGCAGUUGUACUCUAUUUGAUUUUAAUUCCGCUGCAAAGCACACAAAACCGCUGGAAAGACUACCUUUGCUCCACUAACAUUUUUUGAUCAUUAAUAGUUAUUUAAUGAUGAAUUCACGAAAGAUUUUCCUUUUAAUUUAUCUUGUUUUUCAGUGAAUGACUACCUAUUGUAGCAACGUUUAGUGCACAUCUAAUGAACAUACAUGAAACAUUGAAACCAUUUGUGGUUUGACUAUGAUAAUGUGUUUCAGUCAAAGUACCGCAUUUGAUUCCUUUAUUUAUUUUUCUAUGGUGGAUUCAUGGCUGAAGGUACAACAAGCAGUAGCCUAAAGGCACUCGAUCAAUGAGCUCAGUAUUUAUUCUUGAUCCGCAAUAUCUUUAGCAUGAGAUUGUUAGACAUUGAUUGUGAACGAGUUUACAUAUUUUGUACAUUUAAUUAGCUUGGAGAUUUAGACGCUUAUGUCCCACAAUGCUGGAUAGUUAUUGUUGUAUGUAACACUAGAAACCUGUUAAACACUUAAACACAAGGUAGACUGAAUUAAGAAUUAACUGACAAGAACACAUGGCUGUAUUGCAGACUGUGGCAUGUCGAUGCUACAAAACCAACUGUCUGUCUUCAUUUAUUUUGCCAUAUGAGUGGGCUUAAACUGACGUUUGAAAAGAUUCAGUAUUAUGGGGUCUGUGACCAGUUCAGAAUGAUGCUGGUCGUCAUUACCAUCUAGCUCAACCGCCCUUACAAGCGCGCCUGCUGAUCGACAUUAAACCGACCAACAUUUACCCCGUAACUUGCAUUAAUCUCUGUAAAUGUUUCAAAAUACUCAUCUUUUGAGUUUUCAAUAAUUAAAUAAUUGUGAAAUAACAAAA